AGCUGAAGUGGCACUAACUCGUCAGCUGUCUUACAUGGCAUCACAUCAGCCAAUGCAAAUCGGAUUUUCAUGAUAGUUUAGGAUCAAUUGGCUUAAUCAAAAAAUGUAGAAUUACGUUAAAAUAAUUAUCCAUAUAAUUUUGGAAUAAAUGUGCAUUUAAAAAUUAUAAAAGCUGGUUUAAUUUUAGGGGAAAAAAUCAUAGAAAAUCUGUUGACUCAGUUAAAAUAUGAAACCAGUUUCAUAUUUUCCUAAAAUCACGCUAGACGCCAUAAUAUAGAGCAUGGUUUUAGAAAAUGUAUAUGAAACCAUAAUAUAGAGCAUAGUUUUAGAAAAUGUACAUAAAGCUUGGUAUCUUGAGCCUAUCCAAACUGUCUUCCUGCUCGAUCAUGUGGUAAUAUAAAGGUGUGUGUGCAAACUAUGACCCUGACGAUGAAUGAGAAAGUGGUCGCUUCCAUGUGGACGUUGCCAACCAAGUUGAAGACGUCGGUUUGGAAGUCUGAGAACUCGCAUUUCGGUUGCCGCUGAUGGUCCAGUGAGUCUGCACACGUUUAUUGUCCAGAUAGUGUUUGUUUCGUUGAAAUUUGGCUUAUGCUAAUGCUUAUCUUGAAAUUCUGUGAAAGAAAAAUAUUGUUCGUUCGCUGAAAGUACUGCCGAAGAUAGUGUUACUAUAAGUUAAACAACAUCUACAUGUUAAUGUGAAAUUGGAAUUAGAAUUAUAUUUUUUUUUAUUUUUGAAUUCCUGUACAUGUCUUGAUGAUUAAGACAGACAUUGUCGUUGAGGAAACACUGUUUGCAAUUUGGUUGCAUGAUGAUUCACACUGACGUCUAUUUGUAAAAGGAUUUUUUUAAAAAAGAAAAAAGAAAAAUGGAUUUGUAACAGACCCGGUCCGGCUGCGGCGGCGAGAAGGACGCGCGAUUCGGUCGGUGGUUGGCUUGGCCUAGUGGCUGUGCAAGCAUAGUCGCGCAUGCAUGCCCGGCCGGCCGGCCGGCCUCGACCGUCCAUCCGUCCCACGACUGCGCCUUUGUCUCUCCGGCCAUCUCAUCUCCAUUCUCCACCACCACCACUAGUUUUGCAGCAUGCGUUUGGGUUUGGGAUUGAUAGGUAGAUUCAUUCACUUGCCUGCGUUGUUUGCUGCUGCGACUGGCUGGAUCGAUUCCAAUUAAGACGGACUGCCGCCGCCGCCACCGACGACGACGAUGGCCGCAAGCACGGCGCGGUGGCAGCUGCUGGCCGGGCAGGUGAAGCGGCAGGCGUCGGGUUUCCUGCUGGACAAGUACAAGCAGGCGAGGCUGGCGCUGGGCGACGUGACGCCGGCAGAGCUGCUGGUCCAGGAGGCGACCAACAACGAGGCGUGCGUGCCGGACGCCAAGACGCUGGCGUGCAUCGCGGACGCCGCCUUCGACAUGGACGACAUGUGGAGGAUCGCCAAGGUGCUGCACCAGAGGCUGAGCCGCGCCGCCGACUGGAAGGAGUGGCGCCCCGUGUACAAGGCGCUGGUGGUGCUCGAGUUCCUGCUGACCCACGGCCCCGAGGACCUGCCGCGCGAGUUCCUGCCCGACAUGCCCGCCAUGCACGACCUCCGCAGCUUCAACUACGUCGACGACAAGGGCUUCAACUGGGGCGCCUGCAUGCAGCGCCGGACCGACAGCGUCCUGUCGCUGCUCACGGACGCCGACCGCCUCAGGGAGGCGCGCCGCAGGGCCAUCAGGGUCUCCUCCCACGAGGUGCACGGCUUCGGCUUCGGCAGCCCGACGUCGUCGUCGUCCCCGUCCUCGGCGUCGUCCUCCGCCUCCUCCAGGACCUCGCGCACCUGGUCCUUCGGCGGCUCCUCCCACUACUCCGACAGCCCCACCAUGUGCCUCACCUGCGCCUCCGACGCCGACUACCGCCACGACAAGAAGUGCGACGCCUACACCGCCGACGACGACUGCUGGGCCUCGUCGAAUUACAGGAGCGGCAGGCAGUGGGCGGCCACGGUGGACGAAGGCGACGGCGAGGACCAGCACCAGGGGCUCAUGGACGACGCCUGGGACGCCCACCUGGCGGCGGAGGACAGCACCAGCACAUGGUCCGCCAGGUUGCUCGGCUCCUUGUCCUUGACCCCCAGCAGGGCGUCAGGCUUCCAGAGCCUGUCGCAACCGGAGCAGCGGAGGACAACCAAGAAGCUGCAGCGCCAGCUUUCCGCCGACUGACAAUUCACGUCCUUGAUUGCUCGGGCGACGGCUACUGUACUAGUAAUCUCUCUUCUUCUCCUCUAGAUUAAUUAUUAUUAAAUUAAAUUGACCGGACGAUUACUGUAAUUUCUAUCUUCUUUUUUUCCUUCUCUCUCUAGCUCCAUUAAGUUGCCUCUCGUCCUUUAUUUUUGCUACUUAUGAUAAACACGGAUGAAAAACCGGUGGAGAUUUUCUCGCAAAUAUCCAGAAA